AUGCAGUUUAGCUGUACAGGAACUUCAUUAUGUGGUGACUCGGAUGCCUUGAAAAGUCCUGGAAAAAGUUUCCAAGAUCAACACAAACUACUUUAGUCAGCAUCCUCAUAUCUGAACUUUAUCUUACACACCUACACAGUCACAUGACGCACUAAUCUGCUGAGAAACCAUCAUCUACAACAUCUACAACAUCUCCAAACUGACUUCCAGACAGUAAACCCUGAGGGACGAGUUGUGCUGCCAGUGCCAAGUUCAGAGAGGAAAUGCCUCGAUCCUUUUCAGGAGAUAAAGGCCAUUCAUACCCUCAAAUUAGCAAAGUUAGCUGCUCUAGUCUGGCAGCGAGUCACUUGUGGGUUCCUGUUUCUGGCAAGUAAAAGAUACACAAAAAGAGUUAUAAGUGAAGCCAGUUAAAGGUUGUUCAGAGUAGAAGCGUGCGGCAGGAAGAGCAAGACAGUGGAGGAUGCAGAAGUGUUGUGGGCUGUUAAAGAUAGCCUCCUGCUUUUUGUACAGAUGAGUGACAGGAUGACGUGCUGCAGCUUGUAGACCACAGAGCUGUGGCUUCGCUAAGAACAGAGCAGCAAACAUCACGCCACGCCUACUAGCUGCACUACCGGCUGCAGUCGAGCACUUCUCUUUCUUCUUCCUUGGGCUGCUUUCUGUUCCCUCUGUGUCUCGUCUGACUUUUAUUUUAGUGGUUAGAGACGGCGGACUGAGAUGGCGGAGCUGGAGGGUUUGGAGUUUGGGAAGUCGGACUUUGUGCUGCUGGAUGAGGUGACAAUGGAGCAGUUUAUGGAGAAUCUGAAGCUGAGGUUUGAGAAGGGUCGUAUCUACACCUACAUCGGGGAGGUGGUGGUCUCGGUGAACCCAUACAGACAGAUGGAAAUCUACGGUAAAGAUACCAUUGAUGCGUAUCGAGGUCGGGAGCUCUAUGAAAACCCUCCUCACCUGUACGCCGUGUCGGACGCCGCCUACAAGGCCAUGAAGAGACGAGCCAAGGACACCUGCAUCGUCAUAUCAGGUGAAAGUGGUGCCGGAAAAACAGAAGCCAGUAAAUACAUCAUGCAGUACAUCGCUGCCAUCACCAACCCCAGCCAGAGGGCAGAAGUGGAGAGCGUGAAGAACGUGCUGCUGAAGUCCAAUUGUGUGCUGGAGGCCUUCGGAAACGCCAAGACCAACCGCAACGACAACUCCAGCCGCUUCGGCAAGUACAUGGACAUCAACUUCAACUUCAACGGAGAUCCGACCGGAGGACACAUCAACAACUACCUGCUGGAGAAGUCCAGGGUGGUGCAGCAGCAGGACGGAGAGAGGAACUUCCACUCCUUCUACCAGCUACUUCGAGGAGGUUCAGCUGAAAUGUUGGAGUCCUUCCACCUUCAGAACGAUGCUGCUGCUUAUAUUUACACCAGAGAAGGAGCUGCAACCGCCACGUCCAACAACGACCGGUCGAGCCACAAAGCGGUGAUGAACGCUCUGGACGUCAUCGGCUUCUCACAGGAGGAGAUUUCCUCCAUUUACCAGAUCCUGGCCUCCAUCCUGCUGCUGGGAAACCUUCAGUUUGAGAGCGACGGUGAGAACGUCCAGGUCGUCGGACAGGAAGCCGUGAAGCACAUCUCUGAGCUGACGUCCACAGAUCCAGACGGCGUAACCAAGAGUCUUCUGUACCGAACGGUGGCGACCGGCGGAGGAGAAGUCAUUGAGAAAGGACACAGCGAGCAGGACGCCUGCUUCGGACGAGACGCCUUCGCCAAGGCUCUCUAUGAGCGGCUGUUCGGUUGGAUCGUGAGUCGCAUCAACAGCAUCAUCGAGGUGAAGGACUACAACCCGGUGCUUCAUGGGAAAAACACGGUGAUCGGCGUGCUGGACAUCUACGGCUUUGAGAUCUUUGACAACAACAGCUUUGAGCAGUUCUGCAUCAACUACUGCAACGAGAAGCUGCAGCAGCUUUUCAUCGAACUCAUCCUGCAGCAGGAACAGGGAGAGUAUCAGAGGGAAGGAAUCACCUGGCAGCACAUCGAUUACUUCAACAACCAGAUCAUCGUGGACCUGGUGGAGCAGCCUCACAAAGGCAUCAUCUCCAUCCUGGACGAGGCUUGUCUCAGCGUGGGGAAAGUGACCGACACCGUCUGUCUGGACAGCAUGGACACCAAACUGUCCCAGCAUCCUCACUACACCUCACGAAAGCUCAGCCCCACUGAUAAAACCAUGGACUUCCAGAAGCACUUCCGGAUUCGACAUUACGCCGGAGACGUCACAUAUUCCGUCGAGGGCUUUUUGGACAAGAACAAGGACCUUCUUUUCCAGGAUUUCAAGCGUCUUAUGUACAACAGUUCCAACCCAGUCCUGAAGGAGAUGUGGCCAGAUGGUCAGCUGAGCAUCACUGAGGUCACCAAGCGACCUCUGACCGCCGCCACCCUCUUCAAGAACUCCAUUGUGGCUUUGGUUGACAAACUGGCCUGCAAGGAGCCCUACUACGUUCGCUGCAUCAAACCUAACGAGAUGAAGUCUCCGGUGCUGCUGGACGACGCUCGCUGCCAGCACCAGGUGGCGUACCUGGGCCUCCUGGAGAACGUGAUGGUCCGCCGGGCCGGCUUCGCCUACAGGCAGCCGUACGCUCGCUUCCUGCAGCGGUAUAAGAUGACCUGUGAGUACACCUGGCCCAACCACCUGAUGGGCUCCGACCGGGAGGCCGUGGAGGCCAUCGUCACCCAGCACGGUUUCCAGGACGACGUGGCGUACGGACACACCAAGCUGUUCGUACGAACGCCGAGAUCCCUGUUCAGCCUGGAGCAGGAGAGGGCCGCCCUCAUCCCCAUCCUGGUUCUGUUCCUGCAGAAGGUGUGGCGUGGUGCGCUGGGCCGCAGCAGGUGUCGUAGGAUGAGGGCGGUCUACACCAUCAUGGGGGCCUACAAGCGUUUUAAGGUCAAAGCUCAUUUUUGGGAGGUGGAGCGUCGCUUCGCCGGCGUCCGGACGACGGCCGACUACGGGAAGAGCGUUGAUUGGCCGACGCCACCGGCAGCUCUGUCUCAGUUCCACAACAUCACAGUGAUGCUGCACCGCAGGUGGUGGGCGAGGCAGAUCGUGAAGAACAUCCCUCCGUCCGACAUGCUGGAGGUUCGGGCCAAAGUCUCGGCUCUGACGGCUCUGAGUGGAGAGAGGAAGGACUGGGGGGUCGGCCGGGCCUGGGAGAGGGAUUACCUGGCUAACGUUCGAGACUGUCCUCAGACCAGCUCCGGAUUCAUCCGAGUCUCCAAAGAGCUGAAGAACAAAGACGAGUUCGGUCAGAUCCUGUUCUCAGGCUCCUGCAGGAAGGUGAACAGAUUCAACAGAAGUACAGACCGAAGCCUGGUGGUCACAGACAAGUUCAUCUACAAACUAGAGCCCAAGAAGCAGUACAAGGUUCUGAAGAAGGUUCCUCUGGACACCUUUACAGGUGUGAGUGUAACCUCUGGGGUUGACCAGAUGGUGGCGCUGCAUACGUCCUCUCAGGAUGACGUCCUGCUGUGUCUGCAGAGAGGAGAGCUGAGCCCCAACCAGGACCGAGUGGGAGAACUGGUGGGAUCUCUGGUGGACCACUUCACACGCAUCAGAAAAGUUCCGUUCCCGGUGAAGGUUUGUCGUUCGGCUCUGCAGCUCCACAUGAGAGGAAAACCGAAGAGCGUCACCGUGGAAACCAGAGCCGGUCAGACCGUCGCCGACUUCAAGAAGAGUCGAGACGGAUUCAUCCUGCUGGUUCCUGCCAACUAACGAAGCUCCUCCACACCUGAAGAAACACCUAAAGACUGAGACUCUGGACGUGUUCUCAGGUGGACCGUCGGGUUCCUCAAAGCUCUUAAAGUCCGAAUUCGGUCCCGAGCUGCAGGAGCUUCAAGUUCACCGGACGAAAACGAGACUUCUCCCUGCUUUUUCUGCAGUUUUAUUAAAUAUUGACGAUGUUUUUUGACGAGAAGAUUGAACAAGUUGCACAUCCCGGCAGAUGAUUUAUUUUUGUGUUUUCUCACGUUUGUUGUUUCAUGUCAGGAGCAAUGAGAAGGACGGGACAGUUUAAAGAAAAUAAAUUAUUGAAGGUUUA